CCGGGCUCUCCUCCGCCAGUCACCCGGCGCGCCGCUCGUCCCCUCAGAACAGCGGCGCUGCCGUCCCGCCGCCUGCCCCGGUGGCCCUUGCCUUCGAGAAGGAACCGCCACGGUUGCCCGUCCUUCCGAGCCCUUGCCUGGGAACCAGCCAGGCUUAAGUAGCCAAAGAUGAGUCGUGGACUUUCAGAAAACAAUAACUUUCCAUAUGACAACAAUCAAAUGGUUUUGGAUAUGAUCCUGUGUUCCCUAAUCGGCGUUCCUCAGCCUAUCAACUGGGACAGUGUGGCAAGGCUAGUUCCAGGAUAUACAUCCAAAGAGUGUGCAAAAAGGUUUGAUGAACUAAAAAGCAGUGGAAGUUCACCUGUUGACAACCAAUAUAAUCCCCUGAUGGCUGCUGGUGGGAGUCCUGUGGAAACUUUAGCUACGUACAUCAAAUCCUCCUUGCUCGAUACACAGACAGAGUUUCAGGAGCCUGCUAUUGGGCAGGAUUCCAUUACUAUAACUGGAAGGCCCAGCACAACCUCCACAAGGAAUUGUCCUUCAGAAUCUGAAAAGGGUCCUGUACAUAAAGGUGAAGAGAGCACUGACGAUAGUCAGGGGCCAAAUAUGGUGAUCCAUGUCUGUGAUGAAGCAAAAAACCUCAAAGAAGACUUUGUGUGUCCUCGAGACCUUUUGGUUUCAGAAAUGAAAUACUUUGCUGAAUAUCUGUCAGUGGAUGCACAGCGCUGGGAAGAAGUGGACAUUUCAGUGCAUUGUGACGUUCACAUCUUUGACUGGUUGAUGAGAUAUGUUAAAAGAAAUACUAAAGAUUCUGAAGCUAAUGAAAUGCCCACUUUAGAACCAUCAAACGUUAUAUCAAUUCUUAUUUCUUCUGAGUUUUUGAAGAUGGAUUUAUUAGUAGAAAAAUGUAUUCAUUAUUGUCACAAAAAUAUGAAUGCUAUUGUAGCCACACCAUGCAACAUGAAUUGUAUCAAUGCUAAUCUUGUUACACACAUUGCUGAUCUCUUCACACACAAUGAAAUAGAAGACCUGAAGGACAAAAGAGACAAAUUUAAGAGUAAACUUUUCUGCAAGAAGAUUGAGAGGCUGUUUGAUCCGGAGUAUGUGAAUCCAGAUUCUCGAGGCAAUGCAGCAACAUUAUACAGGUGUUGUUUGUGUAAAAAGCUGCUAACUAAAGAAACUGAGAGAAGAAUUCCUUGUGUACCAGGAAAGAUCAACAUAGAUCAACAUGGCAAUAUUGUCUAUAUUCAUUUAAGAGACAAAACCUGGGAAGUCCACGAGUACUUAAUUGGCCUUCAUGAGGAAUUGAAAUCUUGGCGGGAUGUUUACUGGCGUCUUUGGGGGACUGUCAAUUGGUUGACCUGUUCCAGAUGUAACCAAUCUUUCCUGUGUACUGAAUUCUCCCAUUGCCAGUACCACUCGCAGCCAGUUCUUUAUCCAGGUGUAGCAAGUGCUCUGGGCUCAGAUGGGACAGGAGUGUAUCCCUGUUGUAACCAAAAAGUACUUCGAUUUGAUCCUACAGCCCUCCCAAAGGGUUGCCAAGUGAGGGAUCACAUGGUGGAUGUACCCUCAGGCAAAGAAGAUGGGGAUGUUUUGCAGUCUCAAACUACUAAAACGCUGAAUGAUCUGCUUCAUCAUAGAGAUAUUAUUGUUGUUCCUUUCACUAAGGAUGAGAAUAGUGAUUCUGGUAUUGGGCUCUGUGAUGAAAAAGGCAUCGAAUGUGAUGUGGUUGUAGAACCAAAUACACUGUGGGGUCCCAAAACUGGAGAAAUAAAUGCUUUUCUUUCUCUGAAGAACUGGACGUUACAGCUGAAACAGCAGUCAUUGUUAUCUGAAGAGGAGGAGUACACCACUGGCUCAGAGGUCACUGAGGAUGAAGUAGGAGAUGAAGAAGAAGUAUGCAGGAAACCAGCAGGGAGAAAGGAGAAAUCAAAGAAAUCAUACAAGCAUCCAAAGAAAGUGGUUUCUUCACCUAAUGUUCAGAAAAAGGAGAAGCUAUCUGAUAAGUCAAGUUCCCGAGAUGCAUCUCCAUUCAUUGUGAGUAUGCAGCAGAACAAAUGGGAUGCCUCCAGGUCACUAAGAUUCAACCAAGAUGCUCAAAGAGAAGAUGAUCAGAGAAGAAUGUCUGAGAUUACAGGGCACUUAAUAAAAAUGAGGCUUGGAGACCUUGAUCGAAUCAAGUCAAAAGACGGCAAAGAAUAUGCUGGAGGCAUUUAUUCUAGACUUGAAGCUCAGAUAAAGGCCUCAGCGCAGGUCAGUGCACGACAAAACAGUGCUGAGAAGAAUGCUAGGUCAAAAUCCCGUUUUGCUCAAGGCCGUCCAACGUAAGGACUCCUGAAAGAACUUUUGCCAGAAUUUAUUACUGCUUCCUGAAACUGCACUGCACUCUGACAUACGGAGAAUGCACAU